GGUUGAAUCCUGCCCAUAUCAGCACGUCACUUCUAUUAAAUAAUCGACCCCUUUUUAUUAUACACACACUGAUAGACACAUCUUUGUGUGUCUGUCUGUGUGUGUAUAUAUGUGUAUGUAUAUAUUCAUCGUCUCUUUGAAGCUUCCUAAUCUUCUGACCAUGUGAGAUGUGAUUUGUCUUCUCUAUCUCUCAUGUGAGAAAGCUGUUUUGGAUUCCCCUCUUUUAGAGAUCUAAUCUCGACGGAGAAAAAACACGGAGCGAGAAAAAAGAAUUAGAUAAUUAUUCUGUUGGUUUUAAUUAGCUACUGCCAGUUUAGGAGAUGUACGAGAAUUGGGGGGGUUUUUUCCGAGAAAUUUGAAGAGUUGUAGUUGACUAGUUGCUAGUUGUUUGGCAUUUUCUGAGUAAAGUUCAUUUGGGUUUAGAGAUUAUACAUAUUGGAGGGUGUGGAUGAUGGAUAAGGAUAAGUCUCACCAUGGGAACAUACUUCCGCCGUCGGGGAGGUACGCUGCUUUCUCGCCUCCGGGGAGUAGUUACAAUGCGAAGUCGGAGCAAGCUGGUUUGUCGAGCUUGCCUCCGUUGGGGCCGGGCAGUUCAUCGGAACAGGGUCAUUUUGGUCAUGGCUUGCCGUCGGAUUCUAGACAGUUUAGUCAUGAUAUAAGCCGCAUGCCCGACAAUCCACCGAAGAAUAUGGGUCACCGACGUGCUCACUCUGAGAUUCUCACCCUUCCGGAUGAUAUUAGCUUUGAUAGUGAUUUGGGUGUUGUUGGCGGUUUGGAUGGGCCAUCUUUUUCGGAUGAUACGGAGGAUGACUUGCUCUCGAUGUAUCUUGACAUGGAUAAGUUCAAUUCGACGUCUGCAACUUCAUCAUUCCAAGUUGGUGAGUCGUCCAAUGCAAUGGCAGCAGAGCAAGGUCUUUCGUCUGGUCCUUUGGGAGCAGCUAAUCAAUCUUUAAGUGAUAAACCAAGGAUUAGGCAUCAGCAUAGCCAGUCCAUGGAUGGGUCGACCACUAUCAAACCAGAGAUGCUCAUGUCUGGGCCAGAAGAUCCAGCUUCUGCUGAUGCUAAGAAGGCCAUGUCUGCUGCUAAGCUCGCUGAGCUUGCUCUUAUCGAUCCAAAGCGUGCUAAGAGGAUUUGGGCAAAUAGGCAGUCAGCAGCAAGAUCAAAGGAGCGUAAGAUGAGGUAUAUAGCUGAACUUGAAAGGAAAGUACAGACUCUGCAAACAGAAGCAACUUCGUUGUCUGCACAGUUAACUCUACUGCAGAGAGAUACAAAUGGUCUUACAGCUGAAAAUAGUGAACUCAAACUACGCUUGCAGACGAUGGAACAACAAGUGCACUUACAAGAUGCUUUGAAUGACGCAUUGAAAGAAGAGAUUCAGCAUCUCAAGGUUCUGACUGGUCAACCAAUGGCCAACGGUGGAGCUAUGAUGAACUUUCCUGCAUCCUACGGAGCCAAUCAGCAAUAUUUCUCCAACAACCACACGAUGAACACGUUGUUAACGGCUCAACAACUGCAGCAGCUCCAGCUGCAUUCUCAGAAGCAGCAGCAGCAACAGCAGCACCAGUUUCAGCAGCAUCAACUCCACCAGUUUCAGCAGCAACAGAUGCAGCACCAGCAGGAACAGCAGCUAUCGCAGACUGCCGAUAUGAAGCUUAGGAAUUCUAUGCAAUCUUCUAUGGAAAAGGAACGUGCCCCCGACUCAUCAUCGAAGGAUUAGACAUGGAAACAGGCACACUUUUUGGGCGUUGAAGGCCGUGUAUGUCGCCAAUCUUGGUUGUGAUCUCUUAGCUCAGUUACUUUUGGCUAGUCUGGUUUAGGUAAAAAAAAAUACACAGUAUUGUUGGUUUCAGUAGGCAGUCUAUUCAAUUUGAGUCACUCGAUAUUUGUUUCAUUAUUCUCACCUAGAGUAUUCAGGUUAUUUUUCUGACUGUUGUGUUUAGUAGUAAAACUUAUUUACUUCACUCAA